AUGAGCCAUCAAUCAAUGUCAAUCAAUCAGAUUCUACAGCCAAAAGAAACCACAAUAGAUAAAAAGUUAAUCAGCAAAGUCAAAAUCUUCUACACUUUCAAGGGAUCUGAUACUCAUUGCCUAUGCACCUUUGAUUUCGAAUUAGAUGAUUUCAAGGAUAGAAAAUGGAUUGGUGUGCCAUUAAAGAAAUGUCUCACAUCCGUUUGUUCAUCAUGCCCGGAUCAGUUGAUGAAUAGUAAUACGGCUAUUUACAGUGCUAAUUUCGAAGAAAGCAUUACUGUUGAAAACUGGUCUCCUCUUCAUGAUUCUCGAUCGAAUAUUAUAUGGGAAGGCCAUGGCACUUUGAAUUCGAUACUAAACGAUGAUCACAACAAUGCCCAAGUGACAGGCAAACUUACAGAAUCUGACAAAGACGGUCGAUACGAUUGCUACAUCGAAGUGCUUAUACAGCUUCAUCCGAUUGUACGCCAUCUAGUGCCAAACAAAAGCGAAAACCAACAUUAUCUUCCUCCCAUGCGUUCUAUCUGGAAUAGCAAUGAGUAUCCAUCGAGUGCCACUUCUCCUCCUCCCUCCUACCAUCAUCACAACAACACAUCACCUACACUUCAACAACAGCAACAACAGCAACAAAGCCGUCAACAACAUCAUCAAUUGGCAUCGCCCUCUCCACCUCUUAGUCAGUUAAACGCAUUACAGUUUUCAAUGCAGAGAGAUGAUGCUCACCGUUUACCGUCAUUCAAUCCUCCUUCGUCCUCUUCUUUUCCUCGAGAGAUGCAAAAAGAUGACUAUCAUCAUCCUACGUAUCCUCCUGCAUUAGAUCCAGAUUGGCCUGGUAGUCGAUACGAUUCUAGCAGUUUUGAUCAAGAAGUGAUCAAAAGACGAAAGCUUUCUCCUCCUAAUCUCCAUCAACAAUACCGCCCACACGUUUCUCCCUCUUCCUCUUCGCCUUCUCAUCGUCAACAGCAGCAGCAAUAUCACGACAGUAAUACGAAAUUAAUGAGUAACCACCUCACUGUGCAUCGCCAUUCCCCCUCCUCAAGUAAAACUUCCUCUGUCAUUACUACGAGUACACAUAGUAAUAGUAAUAGUGCAAUGGCAACUACACGUUUGAACCCUACAACAACAGAUACAUACUACCAUCAAUCGAGAAGAAAGAAGAGAGACACAAAACCACCAAAUGCCAAUGAUAUUAGACCUUUUGUAGAGGUAGAACGAACAAAAGAUGGCAGCUACGUCCUUCCUGCUGAGGUAGAUUCCUGGACAGUUCUUAGUUUGGGAACUGUUGUUUGGGAUAAAGCUGCCUUUCACAAUCAAAGAUACAUCUAUCCUGUAGGAUACAGAGUCAAAAAGUGGUAUAGAAGUAUGGUCGAUCCUCACAGUGAUACUCAAUAUACCUGUGAAAUUUUAGAUGGUGGCGAUGAGCCUAUCUUUCAACUAAAUGCUGAUGAUAAUCCCUCUGAAUGCUGGAGAGGACCUACUCCCACUACUGUCUGGACAAUUGCUGUGAGGAGAGCAUUUGCUAUCCGUAACAUGGAUUAUGGUCAUAAUCCUGUUGGCCCUGAUUUCUUUGGACUUCGCAAGAAUACGAUCGCAAAAAUGAUUCAAGAUUUACCCAACGCAGACAAAUGCAAGAAUUACAUUUGGCAAAACUUCGAAGCAAUGAGCAACAACAAGGGCAAAUCAGUUAGACGGACAAAUGCAAGAUUGAGUUCAUCUUCUUCGACUGGAUCAACCACAAACAACGAUAAACACCUCGAAUCUAUUGAUGAAAAUGCAGCAUCUUCACCAAGCACAGUGAAAAGUGAAGGCGCCUAA